AUGGAAUUCCCCGAAACAACGACAGAAAAAUAUAUGAACACAAGUCACAAUUUCUGCAACACCACUUUGCAACAAAAGUUCGUCACCAACUGCCGCUCCUGCAUCCUCAACGCGCUGAUUGAGUGCCCCGUCGGUUCAGUGAAAAUAACGGAGGAGAAUAGGACAACGGAAUGCAGAUAUAGAAUUAAGUUUGGUCUAUUCCGUCGCGUUUGGCGGACGGGGUGUCAACACCUGUGUCUGAGAGAAACCAUAAUUCCACGGUGUUGUCCGGGGCACUAUGGAUCCCUGUGUCAAGCAUGUCCAGGAGGAGCACAAACCCCAUGUUCCGGGCGUGGCGUGUGUAAUGACGGAAAUCAGGGGAACGGCACCUGCGUUUGUCAGACCCAGUUUAAAGGAUCGGCUUGUGAAGAGUGUAAAGAACAAGUCAGAUAUGGCCCAAAUUGUACUGGAGUAUGUGACUGUGGUCCAAUGGGGACAUGCAGGAGUGGCAUAAACGGAAACGGCUCCUGUGUUUGUGACUCCGGGUACAUGGGGACCAGAUGUGACCAAGCUAUUUCUGGCUGCACCAACCAGUCUUGUCAUCCAGAAGCAGUGUGCACGGAGGAAGACAAUGGGGAGAUACGGUGUCGCUGUAAACCAGGAUACCAAGCCACAGAUGGGUGGAAUUGCACAGCAACAAAUCCUUGUGACAGUCAUCCCUGCCAUCCAGAUGCUCACUGUGACAUUUUGUCCCCUGGAAACCAUAUCUGUCAAUGCAAGCUUGGAUAUACUGGCGAUGGGCUCUUCUGUGAUCCCAUAAACCCAUGUGAUAACAAGAAUGAUGCCCUGUGUCCAGGUGUAGGGGCUAAAUGUGUUUAUGUUGGCCCAGGGGAGAACAGAUGUGACUGUCUUGAAGGAUAUGAAAACUACACCACUGGGUUAGGUUGUGUCAUGAUAGACCUGUGUCAGACAAACAGAUCAGAUGUAUGUCAUAAAAAUGCUGACUGUACAGUCGAUGUACCUGGUCAGGUCACAUGUAAAUGUAAGGAAGGCUACAUUGGGGAUGGAAAAACUUGUUACGGAAAUAUUAUACAGAGGCUUGAAGAACUUGACAAGCAUGAUCCAGAACUUGGUGGGAAACUGUCCUUUGGCAUCAGCAUGAUUGCUUUACAUUAUGCAGCAGCCCUGGCUGAACAUGGACCUUUCACAUUGUUUAUGCCUAUGGACUGGGGACAGGCAAACCAGAAGCAGCUAAAUCUAAGUUCAGAUGACGACCUAGCUGCACAGAUCAUCAGACAACAUAUCCUUGCCACACAGAUGAGUGUACAAGACAUGAGGAAUACCACUUUCUAUACACUACAGGGCACAUCAGCAGAGCUCAAUGCCAGACCUAUGAAAAGUGGAGAGAUGCUCUUUCGCUAUAGAAUUCAUGGAUCAGGAAGAAAGGGGAAACUAGUCAAGUACAAUAUUAUAGCUUCUAAUGGCCUGAUCCAUGUUAUAGACAAACUUAUGACAAACAAACCAGAGACAAAAGGAGACAAAGAGACUUCUUUGUAUGAACUGAUAAAAAAAGAUGGGAAGUUCAACAGGUUCCAAUAUUUGAUUGAGAUUGCAGGUCUGGUUGAUUUUUUAAAUGACUCCAGUACAGGGAACUACACAGUCUUUGUGGCCAAUAAUGGGGCCAUUGAUGCUAUAGACAAGAGAGUCUAUGGCUAUCUGAUCUCCAAAGAGGGACAUGGUAGGCUUGUUGGAUUGCUGAAGAGUCACAUUGUGGAGGGAACACAGGUUUUAGCUGCUGACUUGAUCAACAUGGAUCGUUUUGUUUCUCUUGGCAAUGCAGCUACUACAGUGACCAUUACAAACUUGGGCCAGAUUAGAUUGAAUAGGGUUGUCAAUAUCACACAAACUGACAUCCCUGCUUCAAAUGGAUACUACCAUCAUAUUGAUGGACUGCUGCUUCCAAAGGGAGAGUCUAUUCUUCCAAAUAGAUGUGACAAGGAAACGUGGAAAGUUGUCAAGGGCCCAUGUGGAUGGUGUUCUCGAUUGUCAAAAUGCCAGUUGGAUUCUGACAUACCACUGAAACAGCCAAGUUUAAAGUGUAGGUUCGUGGCAUGGCGUCAUGACGGAUUUCCCUGGAGCGCCCACAGAUAUAGAGGGUUUGUCAGAUAUCCUUUUCCAGAUUCCUUCUUCUACCGUUCAUAUCCCAGGGAUGGAUGUGCUUGGAUGUGCAACAGGAGCAUUACGGUUUCAGAGUGCUGUGGUGGUUACUAUGGCUCAGCUUGUGAGCCCUGCCCAGGAGAGUACAACAAUCCAUGUUAUGGUAAUGGGCAGUGUAUUGAUGGCAUCAAAGGAAAUGGUACAUGCAAGUGCAAUGCCAACUUUACUGGUUCUGCGUGUGAGAUUUGUGAAGAUCCAAAGAUGUUUGGACCAGGCUGUAACCAGACUUGUACAUGCAUUGAGGGGACUUGUCACAAUACUAUCAAUGGUGACGGAAAGUGCAAGCCUGGCUCCUGUCAGUUUUCAUACACUGGUGACAACUGCGACAAGACAUGGAAAGUUUGUCCAGCGUUUGACAAGAAACUGCUGCACUGUCAUGUUCAUGCCCAUUGUGAGAUUGACAGACCAAGAAGACAACCCUUAGGAGGUUUACUGCCCUUAUUAAGUCUGCUACCAUUAGGUCCUAGACCAAGAUACAUGUGUUCCUGCAACACUGGGUACACAGGGAAUGGAAGAGAAUGUUUCCCCAUUGAUCCCUGUGCAUUACCAGACAGAGGCGGCUGCCAUCCACAGGCCAAGUGCAUACAAACAGGUCCAGGUAAAAGUGUUUGUGUUUGUGACCCUGGUUGGCAUGGUGAUGGGAAGUCCUGCUCCCCUAUUGCAGUGUGUACAGUACACAAUGACUGUCACCCAGAUGCUCGCUGUGUGCUGCUCAUACCAGGACAGUUUGAGUGCCUUUGCAAUCCUGGCUUCCAAGGAAAUGGCACAUAUUGCAUAGCAACCAAUUCUUGUGCAGUUCACAAUGGUGGAUGUUCAGAAAAGGCAAUGUGUAUCUCCACUGGGAUAGGGACUAGGAACUGUACCUGUGCCAUGGGAUACAGUGGUGAUGGGCUGACAUGUCUUGGUUCCAUUAAUGCAGAAUUGGCAGUGCAACAAAACCUAACACAGUUAACUGAGAUCCUGGAGGUCCUUGAAGAGGAAGAUAACAUCCUGAAUGAUCUUACUCAGAACUACACAUUCUUUGCCCCAGUUGAUCCUGCUGUGAGUGCAUUCAGAAAGCUUGCCAGCUUUUCUUACUGGCAGCAUCCAACAAAUGUGAUAUCUCUCAUAGGGUAUCACACGGUGCCAGGAAACCAUUCUUUUCUCAAGCUGAAGAUGAUGACCUUUCUCCUGGACUAUUUCCAGACUUUGGCUGAUAAUAUGUGGCUGAAUAUCACACACGUGGGAAAGGAUCUGUAUGUCAAUGAUGCCAAAGUGAUCAAAGCCAACAUCCCUGCACUGAAUGGUGUAAUCCACAUAAUUGAUAAGGUAUUGGAGCCAUAUCCAGUGCCUCAGCCAACACAACCUUACCUGCUAAAUCUAUUAGAAGACAGAUCAAAGUAUUCCAUAUUCCAGAGUUACUUAAUGAUAUCUAAGCUGUUGAGUAACAUAAGUUCCUUGGAUAGUUACACAGUGUUUGUUCCUACCAAUACAGUGCUGAAUAGAUUUGGACACAAGAUGACAUCCAGGUUGCUGUCAUUCUAUGUUGUCCCUACUGUGCUUACUACUAACUCCAUACAGGAUGGAAUGGUAGCUGAAACUCUGCUUGGUGACCAGUACCAUAUAAAUAUCUCUCUCCAGUCCUCUCAGAUAUUUGUGAAUGGGGUCCCUGUCAUUGAGCCAGAUCUAAUGACAUAUGGUGGCGUGGUUCAUGGGAUAGGUGGUAUGAUAUGGCCUGAUGUUCACAGAUGUCCUGCAGAGGGUGCCAAGGUACAGUUGUUCAUAUGA